AUGGCCGAAACUAUCUUGGGCUCCACAGCCCGCCAACGCUUAGAACCUUACCUUCUUCUUUCUAAGUCUGCCAAGGGAGGAGCAUGUGUUCAACUGAUUAAAGACGUUCUGGCAGCCCCAGGG